AGGAUCCGCAUCAGCCGAUGAGUAUCUCUUUGCGCCCGAGCUCGUCUGUGGGGUGGGUCAAGGAUGGAAGGAAUGAGAGAACCCAGGCAUGGUUAGCAUGGUUGUCGAAAAUCCUAGCAACCCUGUCCUCAUGCGCAUCUUGAGGUCGCGUGUUUUGCAGUCGGAUCGAUGAAGACCGGGCGUUCAGUUCGGCGGAGGGAGUCUCGCCUGGUCUUGACCAGAGCCAUGAGACCUUCCACCUUGAUGAUGAAUCCUUAGCGGGGUCUGACAGGUGAAUUGCCGCGUUUGCCGUUUGCAUGGGAUUUUACUUGAGCAAGUCGAAUAGGCUAUCUAGGGAGCUCCGAUCUCUGAAAGAUCUGAAAGCUUCAAGAUCUAGACACUAUGUUAGAUCAGGAACUUCAGAAAUAGUCUGUGAAGCUGUGGCUGUCCCAAGUCUGCUCCUGCCACGCGCACUGCGCGAUCUGUCCAGUCCUGGCUCAAAGUAGCCAGCGGAUCAUUGGGUUCAUCGCGUCCCGCGGGCGCCUUGCUCGCGGGAAGCGAGGCAUUGCCAUGCGUGUUUGCCGAUGGGUGCUACUACUGAAUCUGGUCGUGGCACCCGGCGGAGCCGAGGCCUCUCCGGGCGCGCAGCCCAGAAGAGCUCAAGCCUUCUUCGAUGCCAGCUCGAGUGCAUUCCCAGGAAUGAGCUCUCACUCCUCGCACACUGUGCACUACAGCAGUGGAGGAAUGAUGGGCUCCCACUCGUCCCACAGCGUGCAGUACAGUGGAGGAUCCGACAUGUACGGCCUCGGUGGAGGAAUGACGGCGUCCCACUCCCACACGGUUCACUUUAGCAGUGGCAGCGGUGGAGGAGUCACGGACAGCCCUAGCACGGCGAGCAGCGCAGGAACAGGUCUGUACCAAAGUGGAGGAAGUUCCAGCGCAGGAAUGACCAGCCAUAGCAGUAGCAGUAGCAGCAGCGGAGGAGAUGAGGAAGCCCUGCAGGUGCUUCAGAGUCAAUACCUCAAAGUCUCGGUCCUGCCGGAUGGAGGUCUAGCGCAGCCCUUUUACAUGUCGGACCAGCAUGGUUGGACGAAGUUGACCUAUGGUGCUCAACAUUUGGACUAUGCCAUUAAGGUGAAUGGCCAUUUGGCCAGCAUCUCAGGGGAUGUGACCAUUUUGAGCUCCGAUGAGCAGCACUUCAAGGGUCGCUCCCAGCUCAUCAUGGAUGGCAUCCCACAGGCCACCUUGACCCGUAGCUACAGCUUUCUGGGCGAUGGCAUGGUCUUGAACAUCACCUUCACCUUCACAGCGUUGACUCCUUUGUACAAUCUUCAGGUCUACCUGGGCACCUCGGACGAUUGGAUUGGCACCAGCGAUCGACCCAGCAAGGAGCAAGGCAACUUUCGUGGGGGUAGCUUCGUGCACGAACCUCAUGGGCAUGUCUUGCGGGUCCAGUCAGGUGAGGAGUCGGUCUUCGCCUUCUCUCCGCAGCUGGAGAGCCAUGCCAUCAUCUUGCAGCACUAUGGGAAUUGGUCCCAGGUCUAUGCUGCAACCAUGUCCGACAUGUCGCAGUCCACCUCGGAUGGAGCCUAUGGCAUCUAUGUACCCUGUGGUGACGCAGCCUUUGGAGAGACGAAGCGCGCGAGCUUUUUCUAUGCAGCUGCCUCGGCCAGCCAACUCUCGCACCUCACCAGGGUCAGUGCGGAAGCAGAAACCGCAGGCCAUGCGGCUGCGAUAGUGCCGACGGCCACAGCGCCAGCAACCAUGGCUCCCGUGACCAUGGCGCCGGUGACGAUGGCACCGACCAUGGCAGUGACCAUGGCGCCGGCAAUGGCGAGCACCAGUGUGAGCGGUCCGAGUGAUGGGUUGAAUGUCCUGCAGAACCCUUACUUGAAGAUCGCUGUGCUGAACGAUGGAAGUUUGGGGCAACCUUUCUAUUUCUCCCAGCAACAUGGGUGGACCAAGCUCACCUAUGGUACCUUCAAGCUGAACUACGCCAUCAAGGUGAAUGGAGAGAAGGCGGAGAUUGGGGGUGAGCCAGCCAUCGAGAGCUCCACGCCUGGGCAGAGCUUGUCCAUCCGCUCGCAGGUCACCGUGAACGGCGUCUCCAAGGCAGAAGUGAUUCGGAGAUACUCCUUCGCGGGGGAUGGCAUGAUCUUGCGCAUCACCUACGAGUUCACGGCUUUGACCGAGCUGUCGGACCUCAAGGUGUGGCUGGGCACCUCGGAUGACUGGAUCGGCAGCUCGGAUCGGCCCACCAAGCAGCAAGGUUACUUCCACGGGGGCAACUUCGUGCCCCAAGCACAUGGGAAGAUCCUGCGGGUGCAGGAUAGCAACGAGGAAGUCUUCGUCUUCUCGCCCAAUCCCGGGAGCCACUCGAUCAUCCUGCAACACUACGGCCAUUGGCCUGAGGUCUAUGCGGUGACCCGCUCCGAGUUGUCCAAGUCGAUGUCCGACGGGGCCUAUGCCAUCUGCGUUCCCUUGGGCGCUUUGUCUGCCGGGCAGACCAAGAAGGCCACCAUCUUCUACGCGGCCGCCGGGUCCACGCAUCUGGUGCAGCUCAGUCGUGCCAGCGAGGCCGUCGAGGUGGAAGGAGAACUUGCCGAAGCCACGACGACCACCUCCACGACCACGACCACCACGACCACGACGACCACCACGACCACCCAACCUGUCUUCACUUUGCCUGUCCUAACGACCACCACCAUCCGUGGGCUAGGUGUCCUACAGAGCAAGUAUCUGAAGAUUGGCGUGUUGGAGGAUGGAAGCUUAGGGCAGCCGUUCUACUACUCCGAUCACCUGGUCGACGGGGGAGUCAGCUGGAGUAAGCUCACCUAUGGGACGCAAAGCCUGGAGUAUGCCAUCAAGGUCAAUGGAAAUCUCGUCACGACCAGUGGGGAGGCGAUCAUGGAAAGCUCCGAGGGCCGCGAAGGGAUGGCGACCCGGUCACAGCUGUCAGUCCUCGGUUUGCCCAAGGCGGAAGUCUUGCGCAGUUACAGCUUUGUGGGGGAUGGCAUGAUCUUGAAGAUCACCUACUCCUUCACAGCCUUGGAUGCCGUCUCGGAUCUACAGGUGUGGUUGGGCAGCUCGGACGACUGGAUCGGAACCUCCGACCGGCCCAGCAAGGAUCAAGGCUACUUCGCUGCAGGGCAGUUCGUGGCCGCACCGCAUGGGAAGAUCCUGCGGGUGAUGUCAGGCAAUGAGGGCCUCUACCUCUUUUCGCCUCACUAUGACACCCACUCCAUCAUCUUACAGGGCCAACAUGAAUGGAGCGCCGUCUCUGCCGCUACUGGUUCACAGUUGGCCACCUCACAAUCCGACGGCGCGUAUGCCAUCUACGUGUCCUUGGGCUCGCUGGCGGUGGGCCAGAGGAAGACUGUGAGCAUCUUCUAUGCGGCAGCGGCCGCCUCGCAGUUGUCACACUUGGCAAGAGUCUGUGAAGAGGUGGCCGCCGCAGCACUUCCGACCACGACGACCACCACGACCACCACGACCUUCGAGAGCACCACGCUGGCCACACUGCCCACCACGCCGGCGACGACACCGCCGCCGCCGCCGACGACGCUGGGGACGGUGGCCACACUGCCGGUGCCGACGAUACCGGCCACCACCAGCACGACCACGCUGGAGGGACUGGGGGUGCUCGAGUCGCGGUACAUGAAGAUCGCCGUGAUGCAGGAUGGAAGCCUGGGACAACCUUUCUACUACUCAGCCCAUUGGACCGAGCGGCUUGGCACCAUGGGCAGCUCCUAUAGCCCCAACGACGCUUGGACGAAGCUCACCUACGGCAGCAACAAGCUGGAAUAUGCCAUCAAGGUGGACGGGCAGUUGGCGACCCUGGGCCGUGAAGUCUCUCUGGAGAGUUCCAAGGGCACCAGCAGCAUGGCCACACGCUGCCAGCUCAGUGUGGAUGGUGUGCCCAAGGCCGAAGUGCUGCGAAGCUACAGCUUCAGGGGCAAUGGCAUGGUGCUGAAGAUCACCUAUUCCUUCACUCCCUUGUCCUACAUCUCGGACCUCCAGGUGUGGCUGGGCACCUCGGACGAUUGGAUUGGCACGUCGGACCGGCCCACCAAGGAGCAAGGCUACUUGAAGAACGGGGACUUCAUCCCAUCAGUGCAUGGCAAGAUCUUGCGGGUGCAGUCAGGCGCAGAGGAGGUCUUUGUGUUCUCGCCCCAUCCAGAGAGUCACGCCAUCAUCUUGGAACACUACGGCAACUGGCCGGCGGUCUAUGCCACCACGAGCUCGGACUUGUCCCGCUCGACCUCCGACGGGGCCUAUGCCAUCUAUGUGCCGGUCGGGGCGGUGCCGGCGGGGGACACCAAGAAAGCCACCAUCUUCUAUGCCGCGGCCGGUGCGAGUGACCUCAAUCUACUGGCGCGUGCGAGCGAGGAAGCGGAAGCUGAAGAAAUGCCCAGCACUACCGCAACCGUGGCCACGGCCGCCACAACCAUGGCCACGCUGGCCACCCUGCCGCCCAUCGCGACGACGGAAGCCAGCUCCAGUACGAUGAGGGGCUUGGCGGUCUUGCAAACGCCAUUCCUCAAGGUCGCGGUGAUGGAGGACGGGAGCUUAGCGCAGCCCUUCUAUUAUUCCACGCUGCAUGGAUGGACCAAACUCACCUAUGGCCACAAGAAGCUGGACUCCGCCAUCAAGGUUGAUGGGCAGCUUGCCAACCUGGAAGGGGAGGCGGCCAUCGAGAGUUCGAUGGGCCAGAACUCCUUGUCCACGAGAUCGCAAGUGGCCGUGGAGGGCAUCCCGAAGGCCGAGGUCUUACGAAGUUACAGCUUUUUGGGGAAUGGCAUGGUCUUGAAUGUCACCUUCACCUUCACAGCUCUCAGUUCCAUCUCGAGCCUGGAGGUCUGGCUUGGCACUUCAGACGAUUGGAUCGGCACCACCGAUCGACCCAGUAAGCAACAAGGCUACUUCCAAGGGGGGGCCUUCGUCCCAGCGCCGCAUGGGAAGAUCUUACAGGUGGCCUCAGGAGAGGAGUCGGUCUUCGUGUUUUCCCCCGACCCGGAAAGCCAUGCCAUCAUCCUGCAGCACUAUGGGGAUUGGCAUGCUGUGUCAGCCUCGACGGGCUCGGACCUGGCUCAGAGUACCUCUGACGGGGCCUAUGCCAUCUAUGUGCCUUUGGGUGAUUUCCUGCCCAGCCAGAAGAAGUCUGCCACCAUCUACUACGCAGCCGCUGGGGCCGAUCACCUCCUGGACUUGUUGCGGGUGGCCGAAUCAGUCCACGGGACCACUCCGAUGCCGCUCCCCACGGUUUCUCCGAUGACGACGACUUCAAGCACUGGGCUGAGAUAUGUCUUGCAGUCGAACUAUUUGAAGAUCGGCGUCAAGGGCAACGGAGGCUUGGCGCAGCCCUUCUACCAGUCGGAGCUCACGGGCUGGACCAAGCUCACCUAUGACGAGAUGCCCUUGAAGAGCACCGUCAAGAUUGAUGGCGUGAUUGCUGACAUGGGCCGUUCGGCCAGCGUCCGCUUCCGGGACGCCAGCUUCUGCAGGGUGCGGGAGGAGCUCACGAGCAUGGGCAUCCCGCAGGCCGUUUUGGAGCGAACGUACCGCUUCCGUCGUGAUGGACUUGUCUUGGAGGCGAACUUCACCUUCACAGCACUGAACCCCUUGUCCAAGGUGGAGGUGUGGUUUGGCACCUCUGAUGACUGGAUCGGAAGCACAGAUCAGCCAGCGAAGGAGCAAGGGCAUUUCCUCGGCACCAGCUUCCAGCCGCGCACCAACGGCCAAAUCCUGCGCGUGCAUUCUGGGGCCGAGACGCUCUUCGUCUUCACCACACAUCCAAGCAGCCAAGCCUUGAUCCGCUCGCAGUAUGGCCGUUGGGCACUGAUUCGAGAGCAGACGCACUCGGAGCUGGCCUCUUCGAGAGAUGACGGGGCCUAUGGGAUCUACGUGCCUUUGGGCGAGAUGGCCGCGGAGCAAAGCAAGUCCGCUUGCUUCUACUACGCAGCCGCGGGGAACUCGCACCUGGAAGAGCUCCUGCGGGCGGCCAGUUCGAUCGGGCGACCGCAGCGACAACCAUACCCCGAACCUGCUGCUCCCGCGCCCGCGCCAGCAGUGCCCGAGAAUGUCCUUCAAAGCGAUUACCUCAAGUUCGCUUUGAUGAGCCACGGAGGUUUGGGUCAGCCCUUCUACGCCAGCAGCGGAACCGGCGCCAGCGCCAGCGGAGCGACCGAGACGUGGACGAAGCUCACCUCUGGGCGGAAGCCGUUGCAUUGCACGGUCAAGGUGGAUGGAGUCAAGGUCAACUUUGAGAGCGAUCCAGAUGCUGUGAAGUGGUGGGACCGCUCCUAUGCCAUGGCCACCUCUCAAUUGAGACCCAUGGACCAGCCUGCCGCUGUCCUAACUCGAAGCUAUAGCUUUAAGAAAGAUGGCAUGGUCUUUGCCGCCAACUUCACCUUCACAGCUCUACGAGAUCUGGAAGAUAUCCAGGUCUGGCUGGGCACCUCGGACGAUUGGAUCGGCACCACCGAUCGAGCCCACAAGGUCAAAGGCCACUUCAAGGACGGCUCCAACUUUCAUCCGACUGAGCAUGGCCAGAUCUUGAAGGUUUACUCAGGCGAUGAGUCGGUCUUCUUCUUCAGUCCCAACAGCGAGAGCCACGCUUUGAUCCUUCGACACUUUGGCCGUUGGAAGGACGUCGAGGCUGCCACCUUCUCUGGCACCUCCGAUUCGGACAUGGAUGGAGCCUAUGCGAUCUAUGUGCCGCUGAAGGGUCUGAAAGCCGGUGAGACGCAGUCCGCCGUUUUUUACUACGCGGCAUCAAGUGCCCAGAACUUGGAUCAGCUUACAAGUGCCGCCGCGGACCUGCAGCCGACAGUUGGCGCUGCGAACCUCUCGAAGUCCUUAGUUGUCUGGGACGUGGACCGAUGUGACAACAACGCCAACGACCCGUCGGUGGACUGCGAACUGGCCAAGACCUGCUUUGACGUGAUCGAAAAAGCUCAUAGUGCAUGCCGAGUGAUGCUGGUGAGCACGAUGUCCAUCGGCGAGUUGAAGAAGUACAUUUGCGGCAUCAACACCUGCGCGACUUCUGGGAUGGCCGCCGCCAAGACCUGUAUGCAGCGCUACCCCUCUGACGUCCAAUGGCUGGCGCCCGCCCUGCACUAUCGGCAACGCUAUUGUGGGGAUGGUCAUCAACCAACUGAUAUCAUCAACGAUCACUCCACCUGUGCACUGUCCUUCAAGGGCUUGGACUCCAAAUUCUGCGAAGUGGUGACUCAAUGCUAUGAUAUCAUCUCACAGAUAGAACGCGACUGCCCGAUGGACAUCCCCACCAUGGCGCUGACCCGGGAUGAGGUAUGCAGCCCUACCUGCCUGGCGCUUGUCGAUAAGGUCCGGACGGUGUGUGGUGCCUACCGCACCGUGUUGGAGAGCACCGAUGGCAUCGUCGCAUAUCAGCGUCACUUUGGAUGCGACGCAGGUGCAGAGCUGCCGCUGUUGGGAGGUUUGAACCAAUCUGAGGAGGAGUUGUUGCAGCCGUCCGCGGAUGCCAGCACGUUCUGGGCCUCCAAAGAGUCGGGCUUCCUCACGGCGGUCUACGAGCACUGCGAAAUCACCUCCUCGGAGUCUGAAAGGACCAACGAGGCUUGCAAUGAUGCCAUCAUGUGCUUCCAGCUGAUGGAAAAAGCCACCCUUGACUGUGAUGUGAUUUGGCUCCCCACACUGACGGUCACUGAAGUGGCCUCCUAUGUCUGCUGGGGCUCAGCCUGCAAGGAAUCCAAUGAUCAACUUCAGGCAAAAUGUGGCCACUUCCAUCGGGCACGAAGUAUUAUGGCCCCGGUGAAGUUCUAUCAGGAAAAGUAUUGCCCCAGCUGGGAGACUGACACCGUGGAUGUCGAGCGACGCGAUCCAGAUUUGGUGAAUGAUUUGUUCCUGUGCAAUACGAAUACUGAGAAGAUGGAUUCGGAUCAUUGCGCGACGGUGAUCCAAUGUCAAGAGCAGGUCUCCGCCAUCGAUCGGCAAUGCCCGAAUCCGGGCACUGGCAACAUGAUGGAGAUGCGAGACAAUCUUUGUUCAGACCCCUGCAGGGGCUUUGUGGAGAAAGCGGUCUGGUUCUGCCGCGACUAUGAUUAUUUGAUGAGGACCAUCGAGGCAUAUCGGGUCUACAUGAGGGCCUUUGAAUGCAGCUUAGCCGAAAGGUGGACAGUUCUUAUUUGUUUCGUGGCAAAGACUGCACAGUGGAUGAAUUUUAGACAUUUAUGAUGCUAGACCCCUUCGUGCCAGCCUGCACUAGCGACUCCAAAAACUGUGGCUGUGGCUCUGGAAUAUCAGGCAGCAGAGCUUUCGUUUGAACAUGCUUUCUCAAGUGUUGAAGCGCUGGGCCUAAGGGCGGCCAGCAGGCACAUGUUGCCUAUUUAAACCUGAUCGGAACAAGUUUGCCGCUAUCUACUACUAUGCGGAGUAGCCGAGCCAUUGAAGCCAUACUGUUCUUGUUUCAUCUUUUUUCUAGUCAAGGUUGCUUGACAAGAGCAUGUGUCAUGCUGUUCUUGGGACUGCGAGCCUGUGAUUGACGCAGGGACUUUUGAUGAUCUACGAGCCGGUCGAGUCAGAUGAAAUAGAGGGCAUCCUCAUGGAAAGACGCCUUUGGAAAGGGGGUGUGUUACAGUAAAUGGUCAGUCCCAGACACUCCAUGUAUGGAAUAUAUG